AUGCUAUCGCUACUGAGCGCUUACGGCGAAUGCGGGGCGCCGCGAGGGCUAGCGGGAGAGGGGUCGCAUUCCAGAGAAGUGCACAAUAUACCAGAAUUUGUCAUCUUGGAGGUACAAACAAACAUUGAGCUUCGUUUCCACCAGCAGUAUUUCAUGCAGUGCACCUACGGGUGGUCAGAAGAGGGUGAACUAACAUGGCAAUUAAUAAGGGCGCUUUUCCUUUACACACUACCACUUAUGUUGAUGAUGGUAGCAUACUGGCAGAUUGUAAGGGUCCUAUGGAGAUCAGAUAACAUUUCAGGACAAAUAGAGUUACACCAGUUACGAGCAAAUGUACAAACAAAUGGGUUUGCAAACAGAAGACAGAGGAUUGCGUUAAUUCAUGCCAACGCAUCUACCAAUAGACAACUACGCUCUCACCGGGAGGCAGCCAAGAUGCUGAUAACUGUUGUUAUCAUGUUCGCAAUGUGCUUCUUCCCGGUUCACCUUUUAUGUGUUCUGAGAUUUGCCUACAAUAUACAACACAGUGACAUGAUGACCGCCGUAGCACUGAUAUCUCACGUCAUGUGCUACGUCAACGCAGCAGUGAAUCCUUUCAUCUAUAAUUUCAUGUGUGGUCAUACUGCAAAUGCUUCCGUUGCUGUAUUCGUUCAGAUAAUAUUACUGCUCCAGGAAGUUUACGAACUUGUAAUACACAUCCCACUGCCAGCAGAAGUGACACUUGCUUAG